GUCAUCAUUAUUAAAGUUGAGUUUGACCAGAACAUAUUUUUGGAAGUCUGGCAUAAUUAUAGAAAUAUAUCCUUAAGGGCAUAGUAAUUUUGUUAAAGUUAAAGUACACAGUUCAAAUGAUAAUGCGUAACAGAAAUGACCCAACACAUGAUUUAUGUUCAUUAUUCACUGUAUGUUUUCUCUGUCGUUCUUCUUCUUACAUUCUCUAGGUGUAACUUGUAAGCAAUCACAUUAGAUUCAGCAAGGUGCCCCAUGCUGACCCGUGAGAAAAAUGCGCAGAGCCAUGCGAUGCAUUUCUGUCCCGUGAGAAGUUUCAGAGAGCACACAGGACCCAUCAGAACAGCAGGCUCAAUGGCAUGGGACUCCAUAGUGGAACAAAGACUACAGCUCCAAGUCACAAACCAGAGAGGGGUCCCACCUCUUAAAACAUUUCCAGUACAUCAACAUGGAUCAUCUUCUCCAAACACUGGUGCCUAUAGCAACAGCAUGCUUCAGGGGAGGUCCCUUAGUGACUCAAGAAUCCUCUCUGAAAAAAAGGCCAGGAAAUCAUUCACAGCCAAAAAAGCUCUGCUCAUAGCAUGUGGAGUGCGAUGUGUCCUGUCACCACGACCCUCUAACUGCUCCACAUCAUCACCCCAUAAAGACGAGAACGGCAGAGCUCAUUCCAUCUCUGCAGAAGAACAGAAAUGCAGUAGAGACUGUGUUGAAACAAAGACUGAACUGAAAGUAUGGGAUGAAUACACUUUGAUUAAAAGACGAGGGGAGAGAGAAAGAGCGAGGAGCAGUAUACACAGACAGAGAGUCCCGCUGGAUUUAAGCCACCGGCCUUCCACUGUCCCACUGGAGAAUCAGACGGGACGCCGAGCACUAAGCACACCAGGUGAGGCCUAUACCACUUAUUGAACCAUUUAGAGCACA